CAGAGAUCCUCCUGCUGCUGCUGUUUGUGCUACAGCGUUCGGCUCCCCACACCGUCCCUACUUGCACCAGCCCACCGAUGCUGACAUGCACUCCUCCUCCUCUUCCUGAGUGGGGCGUGAGCACAGGGGCUUGACUGACACACGCGACAGCAUUCUUCUCCGCGCUGCAUGCCCGUGGACUAGCUAUAUGCUAAUAUCGCUAAGGGACAGGAGCCAGCGGAGUCUGAACGGGCUCCUUUGCAGCCAUGGCUGAAGGUGGAGAAGGAGAGGAUGAGAUCCAGUUCCUCAGAACGGAUGAUGAAGUGGUGCUCCAGUGCGUGGCCUGCAUCCAGAAGGAGAAUCGUAAGUUCUGCCUGGCUGCUGAGGGGCUGGGCAAUCGACUGUGUUACUUGGAGCCCACAUCAGAGGCAAAGUAUGUACCUCCGGACCUGUGCAUCUGCACCUUCGUGCUGGAGCAGUCGCUGUCGGUGCGGGCCCUCCAGGAGAUGCUGGCUAAAAGUGGACAGAACAAUGAAGGGACACGAGGCCCGGAUCGAUGGAGGCUCAUAAGGAAGGCAGCACAAAGUGGUGGACACAAAACACUGCUGUAUGGUCACGCCAUCCUCCUGCUGCACUCCUUCAGUUCUAUGUACCUGGCCUGUUUAAAGACAUCAAGGUCCCAAACAGACAAGCUAUCGUUUGAUGUCGGCCUUCAGGAGGACUCCACAGGGGAGGCCUGCUGGUGGACGAUCCACCCUGCCUCAAAACAGAGAUCUGAGGGGGAGAAAGUGCGCAUUGGUGAUGACCUCAUCCUCGUCAGCGUGUCCUCGGAGCGAUAUCUGCACUUGUCUAUCUCCAAUGGCAACAUCCAGGUGGAUGCUUCCUUCAUGCAGACUCUAUGGAACGUCCAUCCCAUCUGUUCUGGUAGCAACAUUGAAGAAGGUUACUUGUUAGGGGGUCAUGUGAUGCGUCUAUUCCACGGUCACGACGAAGUGGUAACCAUCCCAGGGUCGGACCAGAGCGAAGAGCAGCAGAGGAUAGUCAAUUACGAGACAGGUAAAGCGGGCGCAAAGGCACGGUCGCUGUGGAGGGUGGAGCCACUUCGAAUCAGCUGGAGUGGAAGCCACAUCCGCUGGGGGCAGUCCUUUCGGUUGCGUCACCUCACUACGGGUCAUUAUCUGGCUCUGACUGAGGACAGGGGUUUGGUCCUGCAGGACAGGGAGAGGUCUGACACAGUCUCCACCGCCUUCUGCUUCAGAGCAUGUAAGGAAAAGCUGGAACAAAGCCCCAAGCGGGACAUUGAGGGCAUGGGGGUGGCAGAGAUCAAAUACGGGGACUCCCUCUGCUUUAUCAUGCAUGUGGCCACGGGUCUGUGGCUCUCCUACCAGGCGCCUGAUGUCAAAUCGGCCCGCCUCGGCCCUCUCAAGAGAAGAGCGUGCCUACAUUCUGAGGGUCACAUGGAUGACGGGUUAACCCUCCAGCGCUGCCAACAUGAAGAGUCCCGCGCUGCACGAAUCAUCCGCAACACAAUGCGGCUGUUUAACCGAUUCAUCAGAGACCUUGACUGUCUGAGUUUGAAGAACCAGGCACAUGGCGCCCUCCCUGUGGAGGAGGUGCUCCAAACCCUCAAUGACCUCAUCACCUAUUUCCAGCUUCCAGACGCAGAGCUGGAGCACGAGGAACGGCAGAUCAAGCUGCGUUCGCUUAAGAACAGGCAGAACCUCUUCAAACAGGAAGGAAUGCUGACCCUGGUGUCUAACUGCAUUGACCGACUAAACGUCUACAACAGCGCUGCCCACUUUGGGGAAUGUGCUGGACCUGGAGCUGGUGCUGCUUGGAAAGACAUCCUCAACCUUCUAUAUGAGCUUUUGGCGGCGCUUAUCCGAGGGAACCGGAACAACUGCACCCAGUUCUCCAACAACUUAGACUGGCUGGUGAGCAAGCUGGAGAGGCUGGAGUCUUCCUCAGGCAUCCUGGAAGUUCUGCAUUGCAUCUUAAUUGAAAGCCCCGAAGCACUCAAUAUCAUCCAGAAAGGACACAUCAAGUCCAUCAUAUCACUGCUCUACAAACAUGGGCGCAACCACAAGAUUCUGGAUGUCCUCUGCUCCCUCUGUGUGUGCAAUGGGGUCGCCGUCCGAACCAAUCAGAACCUAAUCUGCGACCACUUGUUGCCCAAAAGAGAUCUGCUGCUGCAAACGCAGCUGGUCAACGAUGUCCAGAGCAUGAGACCAAACAUUUUCCUCGGGAUUAGCGAGGGCUCGGCUCAGUAUAAGAAGUGGUACUAUGAGCUAAUGAUCGACCAAGUGGACCACUUUGUGACCAGCGAGCCCUCGCACCUGAGAGUGGGCUGGGCCAACAGUAAAGGAUAUGCACCUUAUCCUGGAGGAGGCGAGGGCUGGGGAGGUAAUGGAGUCGGGGAUGACCUGUACUCGUACGGUUUUGAUGGACUCCAUCUUUGGUCAGGUCGGAUCCCGCGUGCAGUCGCCUCCAUAAACCAGCACGUUCUGACCUCAGAAGAUGUCGUGAGCUGCUGCCUGGAUCUCGGAGCGCCAAGCAUCUCCUUUAGGAUCAACGGACAGCCUGUCCAGGGCAUGUUUGAGAACUUCAACACAGAUGGACUGUUCUUUCCUGUUGUCAGUUUCUCUGCAGGUGUAAGGGUCCGCUUCCUGUUGGGCGGACGACACGGUGAUUUCAAGUUUCUUCCUCCAUCAAGCUACGCUCCAUGUUACGAAGCUCUUCUGCCAAAAGAAAAGAUGAAGGUGGAGCCAGUGAAGGAGUACAAGCGAGACGUGGAAGGAGUCCGAGAUUUACUGGGCACUACACAGUUUACGUCACAGGCAUCCUUCAUUCCCACCCCAGUGGAGACCGGUCAGAUUGUGAUGCCACUUCAUUUGGAGAAAGUUCGGGACAAGCUGGCUGAGAACAUACAUGAACUUUGGGGAAUGAACAAAAUUGAACUGGGCUGGACAUAUGGCAAGAGGAUAAGGGAUGAUAACAAGCGGCAGCAUCCAUGCUUGGUGGAUUUUUUGAGGCUUCCAGAAACAGAAAAGAACUACAACUUACAGAUGUCCACUGAAACACUGAAAACUCUGUUAGCUUUAGGUUGCCGUGUAGUUCAGGUGAAUCCAAAUGCUGAAGACUCCUUGAAGAAGAAAAAAUUACCCAAGAAUUACAUGAUGUCCAAUGGUUAUAAACCAUCUCCACUAGACCUGUCUGAUAUCAAACUGACACCUGGUCAGGAACUUCUAGUGGAUAAACUGGCGGAGAAUGCACACAAUGUUUGGUCCAAGGACCGCAUCAAGCAGGGAUGGACCUAUGGCAUUCAGCAGGAUGUGAAGAGUAAACGAAACCCUCGCUUGGUUCCCUAUUCACUGCUGGAUGAACGCACCAAAAAGUCUAACAGGGACAGUCUUCGGGAAGCCAUCCGAACUCUUAUCGGAUACGGAUAUAAUAUCGACCCCUCUGACCAAGAAGGCGGACAAGCAGCUGAGAGGCUCAGCAUCGAUAAGAUUCGCUUCUUCAGAGUGGAGAGGACGUACGCUGUGAAGACUGGAAAGUGGUACUUUGAAUUUGAGGCAGUUACAGGAGGAGACAUGAGAGUUGGCUGGGCCAGACCUGGGUGUAAGCCAGAUGUGGAACUGGGUACAGAUGAGCUGGCUUUCGUCUUUGAUGGCUACAGGGGCCACUGCCUGAACAUGGGCAGCCGGAUGUUCGGGCGCUGCUGGCAUGCCGGGGACGUGGUGGGCUGCAUGAUCAACAUGGCUGACAAGUCUAUGAUCUUCACUCUUAAUGGAGAGAUCCUGAUUACCACCAAGGGCUCUGAACUCUGCUUCACUGACUUUGAAACUGACGAUGGUUUUAUUCCGGUCUGCAGUCUCGGUCUGGCACAAGUUGGUCGCAUGAAUCUGGGGAAAGAUGCCAGCACCUUCAAAUAUUACACAAUGUGCGGCCUGCAGGAGGGGUUUGAACCCUUUGCUGUCAACAUGAACCGGGAGGUGACGAUGUGGUUCAGCAAGCGUUUGCCCACCUUUGUCAAUGUGCCAAAAGACCACAACCACAUUGCAGUGACCCGGAUUGAUGGCACGGUCGAUAGCCCCCCAUGUCUUAAAGUCACCCACAAGACAUUCGGCACCCAGAACAGUAAUGCAGACAUGGUGUUCUGUCGCCUCAGCAUGCCUGUGGAAUUCCACUCCUUCUUUAAGACCAACCCUGUUGUAGACAUGAAUGGAGUUCAUGACGAAGAUGUUCUAAAAGUUAAACACAGAUAUCCUUUAAGAUCUGUGAGGCACAGUGACGAGAGCAGACGGGUGGACUACAGCAGCAUCACCACGUACUACCACUCAGUGAGGAUCUUUGCUGGUCAGGAUCCUGCCUCUGUCUGGGUUGGAUGGGUAACCCCUGACUACCAUUACUAUAGCAAUAACUUUAACCUCAGCAAGAACCGGACGGUCACUGUAACUCUGGGUGAUGAGCGUGGACGCGUCCAUGAGAGUGUGAAGCGGAGCAACUGCUACAUGGUGUGGGCCGGUGAUUGGACCAGCGCUGCUCACUCCUCCAGUCGCAACAAUGUGGACAUGGAGAUAGGCUGUCAGAUAGACUUAGCCACCGGUUUGGUGACUUUUACAAUCAAUGGCAAGGAGAUUUCCACAUCCUACCAGGUCGAACCAAACACAAAGCUCUUCCCUGCCGUGUUUGUGCGACCCACCAGUCCCAACCUCUUUCAGUUUGAGCUGGCCAAAGUAAAGAAUGCCAUGCCUCUGUCAUCAGCCAUCUUUAAGAGUGAACACAAGAACCCGGUGCCCCAGUGCCCACCGCGACUAGACGUUCAGACCAUCAAUGCUGUGCUUUGGAGCCGCAUGCCCAACACCUUCCUCAAAGUGGAAACGGCCAAAGUCAACGAGAGGCACGGCUGGCUGGUUCAGUGUGUGGAGCCCCUGCAGAUGUUGGCAGUACACAUCCCAGAGGAGAACAGGUGUGUGGACAUCAUGGAGCUGUCGGAGCAGGAGGACAUGAAGAGGUUCCACUACCACACCUUAAAGCUCUACUGUGCCCUCUGUGCCCUGGGAAACACUCGUGUUGCCCACGCACUCUGUAGCCACCUGGACCAGUCCCAGCUCCUGUACACCAUAGACAAUCAGUACCUGUCUGGUAUGUUGCGUGAAGGCUUCUACAAUCUUCUGAUCAGCAUCCACCUGGAGACGGCUAAGGAGGCUCGGCUCAUGAUGAAAGACGAGUUCAUCAUUCCUGUCACCCCAGAAACUCGUUCCAUCCGUCUGUUUUCAGAUGCUUCUAAGAAACAUCUCCCUCCAGGGGUGGGGCUUAGCACCUCCCUAAAGCCCCGCCUCAACUUUACCCCACCCUGUUUCAUCAGCACCAAACGGGAUUAUCUGUACAGUCCUCAGAUCCCGCUGGAUGCUUUGAAGGCAAAAGCAAUUUUAAUGCUGACAGAAGCUGUUCAAGGAGGUGGGCAUCACAUUCGAGAUCCUGUAGGUGGCGGUGUGGGGUAUCAGUUUGUGCCAAUCUUGAAGCUCAUUAGCACCUUGCUAACAAUGGGAGUGUUAGACAGUGACGAUGUUCAGAAGAUUCUGCUGCUAAUUGACCCGAAUGUGUUCAGAGACAUUUGUGAAGGAGUUACAGGAACAACGGACAAGGAAGGACUGACAAGGACAGAGGAGAAGGCAGUGGAAGCUGGAGAAGAGGAAGCAGGAAAAGAGAUGAAACAGCCAAUGAAAGGACUGCUGGAGAAAAGAUUACCAGAACCUGUUAAAAGACAGAUGUGCGAGCUGCUUCACUACUUCUGUGACUGUGAGCUGAAGCACCGCAUCGAGGCCAUUGUGUCCUUUUCCGACAGCUUUGUCUCUAAACUGCAGUACAACCAGAAGUUUCGCUACAACGAGCUCAUGCUGGCCCUCAAUAUGUCUGCCGCUGUGACGGCAAAAAAGACCAAAGAGUUCAGAUCGCCUCCGCAGGAGCAGAUAAACAUGCUUCUUAACUUCAGUACGGGGGAGGACUGUCCAUGUCCCACAGAAAUCCAGAAGGAACUCUAUGAUUUUCACAACCAGCUGCAGCUUCACUGUGGAAUACCCAUGGAUGAAGAUGAGGACAAGCAAGACACGUCCAUUAGAGGCCGUCUCCUAACGCUGGUGAACAAGAUCAAAAGUCAGUCCAAUAAGGUGGAGAAGCCCACAGAGAAGGAGCAGGCUGCACCAUCAAAUCUGAAGGAGCUCAUCUCUCAGACCAUGGUCAGCUGGGCCCAGGAAUAUCACAUCCAAGAUCCACGGCUUGUUCGUAAGAUGUUCAGCCUGUUGAGGAGGCAGUAUGAUUGCAUUGGGGAGCUGCUCCGUGCCAUGAGGAAGACUUACACAAUCAGUGCUGCCUCCGUGCAGGACACCAUCAAUCUCCUGGCCUCCCUCGGUCAGAUCAGAUCUCUGCUGUCUGUCCGUAUGGGAAAGGAGGAGGAGAAGCUCAUGAUUGAUGGGCUGGGUGACAUCAUGAACAAUAAGGUCUUCUAUCAGCAUCCAAACCUAAUGAGAAUCUUGGGGAUGCAUGAGACGGUCAUGGAGGUGAUGGUCAACGUACUGGGAGGAGACAAGUCUCAGGAAAUUGCUUUCCCCAAGAUGGUGGCGAGCUGCUGUCGCUUCCUUUGCUACUUCUGUCGUAUCAGUCGCCAAAACCAGAAAGCCAUGUUUGACCACCUGAGCUACCUGCUAGAGAACAGUAGUGUGGGCUUAGCCUCUCCGGCCAUGAGGGGGUCCACUCCGCUGGAUGUAGCUGCAUCCUCUGUGAUGGACAACAAUGGCCUGGCGCUGGCACUGGAAGAACCAGACUUAGACAAGGUGGUCACCUAUCUAGCUGGCUGUGGUCUCCAGAGCUGUCCGAUGCUCCUGGCUAAAGGCUAUCCAGAUAUUGGCUGGAACCCCAUAGAAGGAGAGCGUUAUCUGUCCUUCUUGCGUUUUGCUGUUUUUGUAAAUGGGGAGAGUGUGGAGGAGAACUCCAGUGUUGUGGUCAAAUUGCUCAUCCGCCGUCCCGAGUGUUUUGGACCUGCCCUCCGUGGAGAAGGAGGAAACGGCCUGCUGGCUGCAAUGAAAGAAGCCAUAAAGAUCUCAGAGACGCCAGCAUUGGACCUGCCAGGCUCGGUGCAGGGAAUCAGCUCUGAUUUAUCUGCUGAUGGUGAUGAUGAGGAGGAGGUAGUGCACAUGGGCAAUGCCAUCAUGUCCUUUUACUCUGCACUUAUUGACCUGUUGGGACGCUGUGCUCCUGAGAUGCAUCUCAUCAACAAGGGGAAAGGUGAAGCUCUGCGCAUUCGUGCCAUCCUGCGCUCUCUGGUUCCAACCGAGGAUCUAGUGGGAAUUAUCAGCAUUCCUCUAAAAAUGCCUGUUGUCAACAAAGAUGGAUCAGUGACCGAGCCAGACAUGUCAGCAAGCUUCAGUCCGGACCACAAGGCUCCCAUAGUCCUGUUUUUAGACCGAGUGUAUGGGAUUGAAGAUCAGAGCUUUCUGCUUCACUUGCUGGAAGUGGGCUUUUUGCCUGACCUGAGGGCCGCCACCUCCCUGGAUACGGAGGGUCUGUGCACCACGGAGACAGCCCUGGCGAUGAAUCGCUACAUCGGUUCAGCAGUGCUGCCCCUUCUUACUCGCUGUGCGCCUCUCUUUGCCGGCACCGAACACCACGCCACCCUCAUCGACUCCACCCUCCACACCAUCUACCGCUUGUCCAAGGGCCGCUCUCUGACUAAAGCACAGCGAGACGCCAUAGAGGAGUGCUUGCUAUCUCUUUGCAGGCACCUCCGUCCCUCUAUGCUGCAGCAGCUCCUGCGCCGCCUCGUCUUUGAUGUGCCCUUGCUGACUGAAUACUGCAAGAUGCCUCUAAGGCUGCUUACUAACCACUACGAGCAGAACUGGAAGUACUACUGCCUCCCGUCAGGCUGGGGGAGUUUCGGAACGGCAUCAGAGGAUGAGCUGCUUCUCACAAAGAGGAUCUUCUGGGGAGUGUUUGACUCUCUGUCUCAGAGGAAGUACGAUCAAGAACUGUUCAAGAUGGCCAUGCCAUGUCUGAGUGCCAUAGCAGGAGCUCUACCCCCAGACUAUGUGGAUGUUUCCAUUAAUACCACACUGGAAAAGCCUGUGUCUAUUGAUGCUCAAGGAAACUUUGACCCUAAACCCAUCAAUACAGCUAACAUUGCUUUCCCAGAGAAGCUUGAACAUUUUGCCAACAAAUAUUCUGAGCACUGCCACGAGAAAUGGUCUGCAGAAAAGGUGCUGCUAGGGUGGAAAUAUGGUGACUGCAUAGAUGAGAAGGCAAAGACUCACCCUCAGCUCCGGAUCUAUAAAGCUCUGACAGAAAAGGAGAAAGAGAUUUACCGAUGGCCAAUAAGAGAGUCCCUGAAGAGUAUGCUGGCAAUGGGUUGGAGCAUCGACAGGACGAAGGAUGGAGAGAGCAUGUCUCAGCAAAGGGAGAGUGAGAAAAUGAGGAAAAUAUCACAGGUGUCACAGGCAAACGGCUUCAACCCAAGUCCUGUAGACAUGAGCAACGUGGUUCUUCCCAGAGAACUGCAGGGGAUGGUGGAGGUGGUGGCAGAGAAUUAUCAUAACAUCUGGGCCAAGAAGAAGAAAAGUGACCUUGGAAGCAGAGGUGGAGGAACACAUCCUUUGUUGGUGCCUUACGACACGCUGACAGCAAAGGAGAAAGCUCGCGAUCGAGAAAAAGCGCAGGAUCUUUUCCGCUUCCUGCAAAUCAAUGGCUUUAGCAUCACAAGGUCAAUACACAGAGAGGGUCUGAAGGACCUGGAGCAGGACUCUCCCUCCAUGGAGAAAAGGUUUGCCUAUAAAUUCCUCAAGAAACUGCUGAAGUACGUUGAUUCGGCGCAGGAAUUUAUAGCCCACUUAGAGGCCAUGGCUGCCAGUGGAAAAACAGACAGGUCACCUCAUGAGCAAGAAAUCAAGUUUUUUGCCAAAGUUCUUCUUCCCCUCAUAGACCAGUACUUCAAAAACCAUUCUCUGUACUUCCUCUCAUCGCCCAAUAAGAACCUCAGCAGCAGUGGUUAUGCCUCCAACAAGGAAAAAGAGAUGGUUGCCAGUCUGUUUUGCAAACUGGCAGCUCUUGUCAGACAUAGGAUUUCACUCUUUGGGAGCGACUCCACCACCAUGGUCAGCUGUCUGCAUAUCCUGGCACAUACCCUGGACACCAGAACAGUGAUGAAGUCCAGCUCUGACCAGGUGAGGGGGGGCCUGAGGACCUUCUUCGAGAACGCAGCAGAGGACCUGGAGAAGACCUUUGAGAACCUUAAGCUGGGGAAGUUUACUCACUCCCGCUCGCAGAUGAAAGGCGUGUCACAGAACAUCAACUACACUACUGUGGCGCUGCUCCCCAUCCUCACCGCUCUGUUUGAACACAUCACAGAGCACCACUUUGGAGUAGACCUGCUUUUGGAUGAUGUUCAGGUGUCCUGCUAUCGAAUUUUGACCAGCCUCUAUGCCUUGGGCACCGGGAAAAACAUUUAUGUGGAGAGGCAGCUGCCGGCUCUUGGUCAGUGUCUGGCCACUCUGGCGGGGGCCAUGCCGGUAGCCUUUUUGGAGCCCAAACUCAACACGCACAACCCCUGCUCAGUGUUUAAUACCAAGACCGCCAGAGAUCGAGCUGUUCUAGGAGUACGAGACUCUGUGGAGGAGAUGUGUCCAGGGAUGCCCCGGCUGGACGGCCUCAUGAAGGACAUCAAUGACAUGGCAGAGUCUGGAGCUCGCUAUACAGAGAUGCCUCACGUGAUCGAGGUGGUGCUGCCCAUGCUGUGUAACUACCUGUCCUACUGGUGGGAGAAGGGUCCUGAAAACCAGCCAUCCAGCGGAGGGAGCAAUUUCUGCACCACCGUCACCUCGGAGCACCUCAGCCUCAUUCUUGGAAACAUCCUCAAGAUCCUCAACAACAACCUUGGUAUUGAUGAAGCUUCAUGGAUGAAAAGAAUCGCGGUUUAUGUGCAGCCCAUCAUCAGCAAGGCCCGAGCGGACCUGCUGAAGAGCCACUUCCUGCCUACGUUGGAGAAGUUGAAGAAAAAGACGGUGAAGGUGGUCGUUGAAGAAGAGCUCCUCAAAGCAGACUGUAAGGGGGACACCCAAGAGGCAGAGUUGUUAAUCCUGGACGAGUUUGCAGUGCUCUGCAGGGACCUGUACGCCUUUUACCCCAUGCUCAUCCGCUACGUGGACAACAACAGGUCCCGGUGGCUAAAAGAACCUGAUUCGGACUCCAACGAGCUCUUUAAAAUGGUCGCAGAGAUAUUUAUCCUGUGGUGCAAGUCACAUAAUUUUAAAAGAGAAGAGCAGAAUUUUGUGGUACAGAAUGAAAUCAACAAUCUCUCCUUUUUGACUGGAGACAGCAAAACAAAGAUGUCAAAGUCCUUUAAGGAAAAGUCUGGUGGACAAGACCAAGAGAGGAAACACAAAAAGAGGCGAGGUGAAUUCUACUCCAUCCAGACCUCUCUGAUCGUGGCUGCUCUAAAGAAGAUGCUGCCAAUCGGUCUGAACAUGUGCACCCCUGGAGAUCAGGAGCUCAUCUCUCUCGCCAAGAUGCGCUACCUCAUGAGAGACACAGAUGACGAAGUGAAAGACCACAUUCACCAGAAUCUCCACCUCAGAGAAAAGUCUGAAGAUCCUGCUGUGAGGUGGCAGUUAAACCUGUACAAGGACAUAGCAAUGAGGACCGAGGGGCCUCCCGACCCUGAGCGGGUGGUGGAUCGUAUCCAGAGGAUCUCUGCUGCUGUCUUCAACCUGGAGCAGGUGGAGCAGCCACUGCGAUCUAAAAAAUGUGUUUGGCAAAAGCUCCUGUCCAAACAAAGAAAACGAGCGGUUGUCGCUUGCUUUCGAAUGGCUCCGCUCUACAAUCUGCCAAGGCAUCGCUCUAUUAACCUCUUUCUCCAGGCCUAUCAGAGAAUAUGGAUAGAAACAGAGGAGUACUCUUUUGAGGAGAAGCUAGUGCAGGACCUCGCAUGGUUUUCAACAAGACACAUUUUUGGCAAGCAUGACAUCAUCGCUGAUGUCAGAGCCAGUCGAUUGACUCCCGUCUCCCAUCCUGCGAAGAAAACACAACCUAAAGUGGAAGAGGAGGAGGAGGAGGAAGAAGUCAGAAAGCAGCCCGAUCCUCUUCACCAGCUCAUUCUGCAUUUCAGCCACAAUGCUCUGACUGAAUGCAGCGCUUUAGAAGAAGAUCCCUUGUAUAUUGCUUAUGCGGAUAUGAUGGCAAAGAGUUGCGCUGAGGGCGACGAAGAAGAAGAAGAGGAAGGAGGGAAAGAGAAAACAUUUGAGGAAAAGGAAAUGGAGAAGCAAAAGAUGCUUUAUCAGCAGGCCAGGUUACACGACCGAGGAGCUGCAGAGAUGGUGCUUCAGAUGAUCAGUGCCAGCAAAGGUCGCCUUGGUGCUACAGUCACUUUCACCCUAAAGCUUGGGAUCUCCAUCCUCAACGGGGGGAACAUUCUGGUCCAACAGAAAAUGCUGGACUACCUGAAGGAGAAACGGGAUGUUGGAUUUUUCAAAAGCUUGUCCGGUCUGAUGAUAUCGUGCAGUGUUUUGGACUUAAAUGCUUUUGAAAGGCAGAACAAGGCGGAAGGUUUGGGAAUGGUAACUGAGGAGGGAUCAAUCAACGUGAGUGAGCGGGGUUCCAAAGUUCUGCAAAAUGAUGAGUUCACCAAAGACCUAUUUAGGUUUCUGCAGCUCCUUUGUGAAGGACACAACAAUGAUUUUCAAAAUUUCCUGAGAACUCAAACGGGGAACACAACUACAGUCAACAUCAUCAUCAGCACUGUGGACUACCUGCUCAGACUCCAGGAAUCCAUCAGUGAUUUCUACUGGUACUACUCUGGUAAGGAUGUCAUCGAUGAAGCUGGACAGAGGAACUUCUCAAAAGCCCUGUCAGUGGCCAAACAGGUCUUCAACUCUUUAACUGAGUAUAUCCAGGGUCCAUGCAUUGGUAAUCAGCAAAGUUUGGCUCACAGCAGGCUCUGGGAUGCAGUGGUGGGUUUCCUGCAUGUUUUUGCCAACAUGCAGAUGAAGUUAUCUCAGGACUCUAGUCAGAUUGAAUUGUUGAAGGAGCUCCUGGACCUACAGAAGGAUAUGAUCGUCAUGAUGCUUUCUCUUCUUGAAGGAAAUGUCGUCAAUGGGACUAUUGGAAAGCAAAUGGUGGACACAUUGGUUGAGUCCUCCAGCAACGUGGAAAUGAUCCUUAAAUUCUUCGACAUGUUCCUCAAGUUAAAGGACUUGACCACCUCGGAUAGCUUUAAGGAGUAUGAUUCAGACAGCAAAGGGGUCAUCUCAAAGAAAGAUUUCCAGAAGUCCAUGGAGAACCAGAAGCAGUACUCCCAGUCUGAGAUUGAGUUUCUGCUAUCGUGUGCUGAAGCUGAUGAAAGUGACAUGUUCAGCUACAAACAGUUUGUGGAGAGGUUCCACGAACCAGCCAAGGAUAUUGGCUUCAACGUGGCCGUGCUGCUGACCAACCUGUCAGAACACAUGCCACAUGACGCUCGCCUCUCCACCUUCCUCGACCUGGCAGAGAGCGUUCUCAGCUACUUCGAGCCCUACUUGGGCCGCAUCGAGAUCAUGGGUGGGGCCAAGCGCAUUGAGAGAGUCUACUUUGAGAUCAGCGAGUCGAGCCGCACACAGUGGGAAAAGCCCCAGGUAAAAGAGUCCAAACGGCAGUUCAUAUUUGAUGUGGUCAACGAAGGCGGAGAAAGUGAGAAGAUGGAGCUGUUUGUCAACUUUUGCGAGGACACCAUCUUUGAGAUGCAGCUGGCGUCGCAGAUUUCAGAGCCGGACCCGGUCGAGCGAUCAGAGGAUGAUGAGGAGGACAGCCAGAGUGUGGUGGAGAACCAAGAGGAGGAGGAGGAGACGGUGAUGAUGGAGUUUUCCUCCGCCUUCACCAUCGCAUGCAUCUCCUUGAGAAAGAGCCUCAGUCAUUUCCGUCAGCAGCUUACUCUGAAGAGCAUGAGGCGGAAGUACAGGAAGUUCAAGAAGAUGAACGUGAAGGAGAUGGUGAAGGGCUGCUUCUCCUUCUUCUGGAUGAUCAUCACAGGCCUCUUCCACUUCAUCUACAGCCUCAUUUGGGGCUUUUUCCACAUCUUGUGGACCACUCUGUUUGGGGGCGGUUUUGUCGAAGGCGCUAAGAACAUGAAGGUGACAGAUAUUUUGGGAAACAUGCCCGACCCAACUCAGUUUGGGAUCCACGGAGAUGUGCUGGAAACAGAAAAGAUGGAAACGAACGAAGCGUCGGUGUUGGCGGAGAUGGGUCAGAUGGCUCAGGGCGGGGCAGCAGAGGCCGACCUGAUGGCUGAGUUACUGAACAUACAGCCUAGGAGGGAGGGCAAACAUGGGAGUGAGCCCGGUUUGGGAGAUGUUUCUGAGGUGGUGGUGGGAGAUGCUCCCUCCAUAGCCAGUGCUGUAAAGCAGAAGAAGGCACAGAUGGCCGCAAAGAAGCGGGAUGCUCAUGGAGACUACAAAUCAGACUCAGAAAAAGGAGACUCUGAGGACGGGGAAAAGAAAGACAACGAUAAGGCCAAAGACGAAGGCCCUCCAGAGAGUCCAGGGGAGGAGAAGCGAGCUCCAAAGAAAAGACUCGGUGUGAAAAAAGAACCACCAGAGGCCUUCAUGGCCAGCUUCUUUGCUGGCUUGGAAGUCUACCAGACUAAAAUGCUGAACUACCUGGCCAGGAAUUUCUACAACCUUCGCUUUUUGGCCCUUUUUGUUGCCUUUGCGAUCAACUUCAUUCUUCUUUUCUACAAGGUGACUGGGGAUUACUCGGAUGAAGAAGACCCCUGGACCAGCAGGAGGAGAGCCGGAGAGGAAGAGGAUGCUCUAGAGUACUUCGUUCUUCAGGAGAGCACGGGUUACAUGGCCCCGACUCUUCGAUGUCUGGCCAUUCUGCACACCAUUAUAUCUUUCCUCUGUGUAGUGGGAUACUACUAUUUAAAGGUUCCUCUGGUUGUGUUCAAACGGGAGAAGGAGAUAGCGAGGAAGCUGGAGUUUGCCGGCCUCUACAUCACCGACCAGCCGUCUGACGAUGACAUUAAAGGACAGUGGGACCGAUUGGUCAUCAACACUCCCUCCUUUCCAAACAACUACUGGGACAAGUUUGUCAAACGCAAAGUGAUAAAAAAGUAUGGAGAUCUGUAUGGAGCAGAGAGGAUAGCAGAGCUGCUGGGGUUGGACAAGAGUGCCCUGGAUUUCAACCCUACUGAGGAAACAGUUGCCAAGGAGGCCUCUCUUGUGUCAUGGUUAAGUUCGAUUGAUACAAAGUACCACGUGUGGAAAAUGGGCGUCGUUUUUACUGACAACUCCUUCCUGUAUCUUGUUUGGUACACAACCAUGUCCAUCCUGGGCCACUACAAUAAUUUCUUCUUUGCUGCCCAUCUGUUGGACAUCGCCAUGGGCUUCAAGACUCUUCGCACUAUCCUUUCGUCUGUCACCCAUAACGGCAAACAGCUCGUGCUAACGGUGGGUCUGCUGGCCGUUGUGGUUUACCUCUACACAGUGGUGGCCUUCAACUUCUUCAGGAAGUUUUACAACAAGAGUGAGGAUGACGAUGAGCCAGACAUGAAGUGUGAUGAUAUGAUGACGUGUUACCUGUUUCACAUGUACGUUGGAGUGAGAGCAGGAGGAGGCAUUGGAGAUGAGAUCGAGGACCCAGCUGGCGAUCCCUAUGAGCUCUACAGGAUCCUUUUUGACAUCACUUUUUUCUUCUUUGUCAUUGUCAUCCUCCUGGCCAUCAUCCAGGGUUUGAUUAUUGAUGCCUUUGGAGAGUUGAGAGACCAGCAGGAACAAGUCAAAGAGGACAUGGAGACCAAGUGUUUCAUUUGUGGCAUCGGAAAUGACUACUUUGACACAACCCCCCAUGGCUUCGAGACCCACACUUUACAAGAGCACAAUUUGGCCAACUACCUGUUUUUUUUGAUGUACCUUAUCAACAAGGAUGAAACGGAGCACACUGGCCAGGAGUCGUAUGUGUGGAAGAUGUAUCAGGAGCGCUGCUGGGAUUUCUUUCCUGCUGGUGACUGUUUUCGUAAACAGUAUGAAGAUCAGCUUGGAUGAAGCAUCUACCUUACCUCCUUCUGCGUGAAAAGACAUCCUUCCUGCAACUAAGAUAACUCUACGACUACAAAAACUAACACUCAGCCCAGAUUUGGACUUGUUUAUGUUAGUACAGUCUAAAUGGACCUGUCACUUGCUACAAGUGAGCGGGUUCACUUUGAGAUUCUGGACUUGUCUUUGACAGUGUGUUGCCUUUUACUCCACAUAACCUGAUCAUUGCACAAUCUAUUCAUUUUUUUGUUUUUGUCUUUUGGAAGAACUGUGGGUUGUGUGGGGUCUGAGAUAACGUGCUUGUCUCUUUAUGCACAAUGUAUGAAUGUUAAACUUGAGACUUAAUGCCAAAAGAAAAAAAAAAGGAAUUUAGAAGGUUAGCAAAAAUGUGUGUGGUUUUUUUGUGAAAUUGCAUAUUAAGGCAAGAGAAGCAUAAAGACAGGUUGGAGGGUAAAUAAAAAAAAAAGCCUAAAUUCUUCAAGUGCCUUAUAGUACUGUGUCUACAUUAUAAUGACGCUAUGCAAAACUUUUGUUUAAUUAUUUGUUGUAAGUUUGUACAGUAGUGUUACUAAAGUGGUAACAUAAUUCGUUAGAGUAUGUAGUUUGUGGCAGAACGUUUUCCUCUGAACAUGGACGAACAGAUUAUGUUUUAUUUUAUUGCUGAACUAUUGCUGAUGUUCAAGUGUAUAAUUGACAUGAAUGGCACUUAUCACUGAAACGUGAAACAAAACCUUGCUAUUGUAUGGCCAUUUGUAUGUAACAGCUUUGUUGAAUCGUGCAUUUCUUUUGAAGAAAGAAAAUAUUAAAGAAAUCAGAAGAAAUCUU